UAAUCCCUGUGCAGCCCACCUUCAACAUGGAUGACCUCCGACAGUGGCCUGAGCCGGUCGUCCCCGUCCAGUCCUUGUCGGACGGCGGCCUGACCUCUAUCCCCGAGAAGUACGUGAAACCGCCAUCCGAUCGGCCCUCUCUCGAGGCCAAUCUUGACCGGGGGCUCACCAUGCCGGUCGUCGAUCUGCGUGGCAUCUACGACGGGUCGGUGGAUAGCCGAGCCGCCAUGGUGGCGAUCUGGGACGCAUGCAAGGAGUGGGGCUUCUUCCAGGUGAUCAACCACGGCGUGAGGCCGGAUCUGGUGGAAGAGAUGAAGGGUGUGUGGAGGGAGUUCUUCCGCCGUCCCUUGGAUGAGAAGCAGAGGUAUGCCAACUCCCCGGCGACCUACGAGGGGUACGGCAGCCGCGUCGGCGUCGAGAAGGGCGCUGUUUUAGAUUGGGGAGAUUACUAUUUCCUUCAUCUCCUUCCCCUGUCCAUCAAGAGCCAUGACCGACACUGGCCGGCUCGUCCGAGCACCCUGAGGAAGGUCACCGAGGAGUACGGCGGCGAGGUGUUCAAGCUUUGCGGGGUGCUGCUGAGGGUGCUGUCGAUGGGCUUAGGUUUGGACGAGGAGUACUUCCGGAGGGCGUUCGGCGGCGACGGCACCGCCUCAUGCGUGAGAGUGAACCUAUAUCCCAAAUGCCCGCAGCCGGAGCUCACCCUCGGCCUCUCCCCGCACUCCGAUCCCGGAGGCCUGACGGUGCUCCUCGCCGACGACCACGUCGAGGGGCUCCAAGUUCGCAAGGACGGCGCGUGGCUCACCGUCCGGCCUGUCCCCGGCGCCUUCAUCGUCAACGUCGCCGACCAGAUCGAGGUCAUCUGCUUCCAAUCCCCCACUACGAUUUGCAUGCAUGACGUGAUAAGCAAUGGGAUCUACAAGAGUGUGGACCAUCGGGUGAUAGCUAACUCAAAAGACGAGCGACUCUCCAUUGCUUUCUUCUACAAUCCAGAGGGAGAUGUGGCCAUCGGACCUGCGCCAGAGCUUCUCACGCCGCAGCUGCCUCCACUGUAUCCAUGCAUCACCUUCAACGAGUACAGGAUGUAUGUGAGGAAGAGAGGCCUGAGUGGCAAAUCCCAAAUGAAGUCCCUCAAGCUUUACUGAUGUGAAGAUAUCGUAAUAAUGUUAUCGAAUAUUAAGUUACAUUCGAUUUUAAUAGGGUUUGAAUUUGAGUAUAUGGAGAGAUAAGUCAAAUAAAAUUUGCAGA